AUGUACACACCCGAUGCCCUCGAUCACGUCCUCAACAAAAACCCCGAGACACUGCAGGAAUUCGCUGCUCGAUGCGAACUCUCCGGUGAGAAUGUCGCUUUCCUCAACGAAUUGUCAUUGUGGAAGUCUCGCUGGCCUGCUAUUCUUGCCGAAGAAGGGAUUCCAGGUGCUUCAACCACGCUCUGCGAAUCUAUGGGUCCUGCACGUGUCCUGUUUGGAGAGGACUCUGUUAACUCUACCUCGCCGUUUGAUGACGUUGAUCUUACUCUGCCGUCAGAGGAGAUCUCGGGUGCGCACUACACUGGAGAGAUUCCUAUUAUCUUUGAUAUGACUAUCUUUAAUGAAGUCCAAGAGCAUAUCAAAUACUUGGUUCUGACAGAUACUUGGCCCUUCGAUGCGUCGUCGGUCGGUCGAUUCGGAGCGGAGUGA